AUGGCGACGCCGAGCGCCGAGGCGGAGGAGCUCAAGGCGGAGGGCAACAGGCUGUACCAGCGCGGGAAGUACGCCGCGGCGAUCGACGCGUACACGCUCGCGGUGACGGCCGCGCCGCGGUGGAUCUCUCCGUACGUCAACCGCGCGCUGUGUCACCGGAAGCUGAAGCGAUGGGAGGGCGUGCGCGACGACUGCGUGAAAGCGCUCGAGAUCGAUCGCGAGAACAUCAAGGCGAACUACAUGCUCGGGCUGUCGCUGAUAUUCGAGAAGAAGCACACGGAGGCCGCGACGAAGCUGUCGAAAGCGCUCGAGAACGCGCGCGCGUCGGACGCGACGAUGCAGGACGAGAUAUGGCGCGAGCUCGCGCGCGCGAAAUACCUCGAGUGGGAACUCCACGCGGCGGCGCGCGCGACGCGGUACCAAAACGCGGAGCGGAAACUUCGAGCGGCCGCGCCGGCGACGCCGAUGGCGGAUCAGCUCACGAGGGACGAUUGGCCCGUCGUGGAAGAGCUUCUCGCCGCGGCGCGAGGACGCGACGACCGAAGAGAGGACCCCCCGGACUGCUUCUGCUGCAAGCUCACGUUCGAGGUGUUCCGCGACCCGGUCGUCGCGCCGUCGGGGCACUCGUACGAACGCAUCGCGAUCACGACGCACUUGGAAAAAGUCGGCGCGUUCGACCCCAUCACGCGAGAGCCGCUGUACGCGAACGACUUGCGGCCGAACAUAAGCCUGAGGAACGCCGCGCACGAGUGGUUGAAUCAUCACGCGUGGGCGUACGCGGACAUCAUCAAGCCGGACGCGCCGUUAGAGUGA